UACCCUUUUCGCUGACCAUAGUUUUAGGUUUGGUCUCGCAAAACGGCAAAAGGCAAAACAUAUGACAUUAUUGAAAAGGAGAGUAUCCAUUAUACAAAAAUAUUUUCCUUUUUUUAACGGGACUAUCUUGCCAAACAAGUUUCCCUUACGUCUCUAUAAAUACUUAGAUAAACACUGUAAUGUCAUGAGAAGCCGAAGCAAGUAAACAACCAUGGAUAGCUUACCUUAUCACCUCCUUGAAGAGAUUCUCUUCAAACUGGAUCCAAAAUCACUAGUGAUGAUGCAAUGCACGGAUCGAUCUAUCAACUCCCAUAUAACCGACGAUCCGUAUUUCAAAUCUGUAUUUAAGAAGGACCGUUACGACGAGGGAGAGGUUAAUGAUGGGUACGACUUGAGAGAUAACAAGUGGAGAGUUCUGAGUUGGAUCCCUCUGUGGGACGAUGGUAAACGAGUGAUUUAUAAGUCCAAACCGUCUUUGUCCGUGGACGUUGACGUUGACGUGACGAUGGUUAAUGCUACUGAUGAUGAUAAACACAUCUCCUCCUCUCUGAGCAAAAUAAUGAGACUGAUUAGUGGGAAAAUCUCACCAUAUGGUCAGAGCUUCUUCAAGAAAAAGGAAAAGAGAGUUGGAAAAAGAUUGAUGAUUGAAGAAGAAACGAUGAUGAUGGUUAUGGACGAGCCUUCUUCCAAGUUCCUAGACGUGGAGAGGAUCAACAAAAGAAGAAGAGUCAUAGUAAGCGAUCUCAUGGCUGACGAGAAACCCCUUUACUUGGACGGGUCUAUUCACUGGCUCAGGGAGGACGGAAGCAUUUUAGCUUUCAAUCCAGAAACAGAGCAAGCACGGCUCAUCCCUAUCAGUUUCCCCCCAAAGCUGAGCCCGAAGAACUUGUUCACCGCCGCAGAGAACAAGCUGGCAUUGAUAUCAGCGACGGAGGAAGUGAUUUACGUUUAUUCCCUUGAGAAUAUUCUCAUCGAUCCCAAGUGGGUCUUGGUGAAGCGGAUCCGGAACGAAGCGGUGGGCAAAAAGAGGACGGAGUACUGGAACGUUGGGGCGUACGAUGGCAAGAGUUUAGUGGUGAGGGUGAUAAAGGAGCGACGUUACCAAGGAACUAUUCAUGGGUACGAUUUGAGAGCUGACAAGUGGGGAGUCAUAGGUUCGAUUCCACAAUGGUGCGAUGGUUCUCAAUCAUUUUACCAGUUUAAACUGUCUUUAUCCUCUGCGAUAGAACUGACUAAGACGGUGGACGUUGGAAAGAGGAAAAUGGUUCAAGGUGAUAAUGGUAUACGCAUCUCCUCUCUAAGGAAAAUUAUGGGAGUGAUUGAUGUUAUCUCACCUUAUGCUGUAACGUGGUUGAAGAAAAAUGAAAAGCGACUUGGAAAAAGAUUGAUGGUUGAAGAAGAAGAAGAUACGGAAUUGAAGAUGGUGAUGGAUGAGCCUUCUUUCAAUUUCCCAGACGAGAGGAGAAUCACCAAAAGAAGAAGAACCAGUAGAAAAACAUUCGUAUGGCGUUAACUAAUUAUUUUGGUUAAUGUUUAGAAGUCUUUUAAGUGUUUCUCUUGUAAUUUUGCAGUAUAUUACUUACUGUAUGCAUGUUUUUUUAGUUUCUCGUUUAUUUUACCAGAAGAAAAAAUUGAAGUGAAUAAAUUGAACCAUUGUUGAAAA